AUGGGGGAUGAAAAACAUGGACCAAGUUGCAUCUGCGGACUGCACAUCAGGAUACUCCUUCUGCUGUGCUACCUACUCUACAACGUGCGGAAUGAGGCUGAACUGACAGCGGUGCUGAAGAUGACUGUGGGUGUGGCACACAACCUGUAUUUGUUUGGCUUCCGGAUGGGGGCUGCUACUACUGCAGACGUAAGUUGUGGGCUUAAGAGGUGGGUGGAUGUAAACCAAAAAAACAUACACUGGAUGCGCAUUGCUAUCUGCGGAUGGGGCGUGACGACUGUUGGGCAUCAUUGGCUGAUAGUGCACCAGUGA